CCGCCCUUCCAUGCUCCUUUGCCAAUUGACAUGCGCCACCAGGAAGGAAGAUACCAUUAUGAACCUCACUCCAUCCAUGCUAUUCAUGGGCCUCCUACCCUGAGUGGCAGCCCCGUUAUCUCCGACAUCUCCCUCAUUCGCCUUUCUCCUCACCCGGCAGGCCCCGGUGAGUCGCCGUUCAACCCCCCACACCCCUACGUGAGCCCCCACAUGGAACACUACCUCCGCUCCGUGCACAGCAGCCCGACCCUCUCCAUGAUCUCCGCUGCCCGAGGCCUCAGCCCCGCGGACGUGGCUCACGAGCAUCUGAAAGAGAGAGGCCUGUUUGGCUUGCCCCCACCUCCUCCAGGAGCCAACCCAGCUGAGUACUAUCACCAGAUGACACUCAUGGCCAGCCACCCGAACCCUUACGGGGACCUCCUGAUGCAGAGCGGGGCAGCGGCCGGCGCGGCACAUCUUCACGAUUACCUCAGCCCUGUCGACGUGUCAAGAUUUUCAAGCCCUCGGGUGACUCCAAGAUUAAGCAGAAAGCGAGCCCUCUCCAUAUCCCCGCUGUCUGAUGCCAGCAUUGAUCUUCAAACAAUGAUCAGGACAUCCCCUAACUCCCUGGUGGCUUAUAUUAAUAACUCCCGAAGUAGUUCUGCUGCAAGUGGCUCGUAUGGCCAUUUAUCUGCAGGGGCAAUAAGCCCGGCAUUCAGCUUCCCCCAUCCCAUCAACCCCGUGACGUACCAGCAGAUCCUGAGUCAGCAGAGGGGCUUGAGUUCAGCCUUUGGACAUACUCCUCCUUUGAUCCAGCCGUCCCCCACCUUCCCCCCGCGGCAGCACGUGGCUGUGCUCUCUGUCAACCCACCUCCUACACAGAUCAGUAACAACAACAGCUGCAUCCCUGACUCCAAUCAGAGCAAGCAGAGCAGUGAGUCAGCUGUGAGCAGCACGGUCAAUCCAGUAAUUAACAAGCGCAGCAAAGUCAAGACUGAAGUUGAAGGGUUGCCUCCAGCUUCCCCAACCUCUCAGGAGCACCUGACAGACCUGAAAGAAGAUCUGGAUAAGGAUGAAUGUAAACAGGAGCCCGAAGUUAUUUAUGAGACAAACUGUCACUGGGAAGGAUGCACAAAGGAAUAUGACACUCAGGAGCAGCUCGUCCAUCACAUCAAUAACGAUCACAUCCACGGAGAGAAGAAAGAGUUCGUUUGCCGCUGGCAGGACUGCACCCGGGAGCAGAAGCCGUUCAAGGCUCAGUACAUGUUGGUAGUGCACAUGCGGCGUCACACGGGGGAGAAACCCCACAAGUGCACGUUUGAGGGUUGCUCCAAGGCCUAUUCCCGGCUGGAGAACUUAAAGACACACCUGAGAUCUCACACUGGAGAAAAGCCCUACGUCUGUGAACACGAAGGUUGCAAUAAAGCCUUUUCCAAUGCUUCAGACAGAGCCAAGCACCAGAACAGGACGCACUCCAAUGAGAAACCCUAUGUCUGCAAGAUCCCAGGGUGCACAAAGAGGUACACGGACCCCAGUUCCCUCAGGAAACACGUUAAAACUGUGCACGGGCCCGAUGCCCACGUCACGAAGAAGCAACGCAAUGACGUUCACCCAAGGCCACCACCGCUCAAGGAAAACGGCGAUAACGAAGCCAGCGCCAAGCAGAGCAGCAAGAUCUCAGAAGACGGCUCUGAAGCCAACAGCACCGCCAGGGGCAUGGAGGACUGCUUGCAAGUCAAAACGAUAAAGACGGAGAAUUCUGUGAUGUGUCAGUCCAGUCCUGGUGGCCAGUCAUCAUGCAGCAGUGAACCAUCACCGCUUGGCAGCACCAACAACAAUGACAGUGGAGUAGAAAUGAAUAUGCACAGUGGGGGAAGUCUGGGAGAUCUGACUGCGCUGGAUGACAAUGCUCCUGUUGUGGACUCAACAGUCUCAUCUGGUAAUUCGACGGUCAGCCUUCAGCUGCGGAAACACAUGACAACGAUGCAACGGCUCGAACAGCUCAAGAAAGAGAAACUCAAGACAGUUAAGGACUCCUGCUCAUGGGUGACCCCAGCUCCACAAGCCAGAAACACCAAGCUGCCUCCCAUAUCAGGAAAUGGCUCCUUACUUGAAAACAACGGUGGCUCCUCUACGACCCUGCCAAAUCCGAGAAUAAUGGAGCUGUCCGUCAAUGAGGUUACGACGCUGAAUCAGUUAAACGAACGCCGAGACAGCGCCACGAGCACCAUCAGCUCCGCCUACACCGUCAGCCGCCGAUCAUCGGGGAUAUCCCCUUACUUCUCCAGCCGCCGUUCCAGCGAAGCUUCGCAGCUCGGGAAUCGUCCCAACAACGCCAGCUCUGCCGACUCCUAUGACCCGAUUUCCACCGAUGCCUCGCGCAGAUCGAGUGAGGUCAGCCAAUGUAGCGGGAUGCCAGGCCUGCUCAACCUCACACCGGCUCAGCAGUACAGGCUGAAAGCCAAGUACGCGGCUGCCACCGGGGGCCCUCCUCCCACUCCUCUGCCCAACAUGGAAAGAAUGACCCUGAAGAAUAAGAUCUCUCUUCUUGACGGGCCGGAGCCAGGUUUGCCUUCAUUUCGCCUCCCUCCUGGGCCGAGGCGCUGCAGUGAUGGCAGCACUUAUGGGUACAUGGCCACCAUGGCUUUUCCUCACGAGGUCCCAGGCAACACCACGAGACGUGCAAGCGAUCCUGUGAGAAGGCCCGUUGCAGAACCGCCGUCCCUCCCCAGAGUCCAUCGCUUCAACAGCACCAACAGCAUGAAUCCUCUGCCCCCUCCACAUCCUGUGGACAGGAGGAAUUUCGGCCUUCAGAGCUACAUGCGCGCCGAUGGGAAUCUGCCCAGGCACGUCUAUUCGCCUCGACCUCUAAGCAUUAGUGAAAAUAUAGCCAUGGAAGCAAUGUCUGGCGAGACAGAUGGUCCCGUUGGAGAGGAUGACAUUAUGUUGCCAGAUGAUGUCGUGCAAUAUAUCAAAUCUCAGAACAAUGGGACAGCUGUGGAAAGCACUUCCAUGGGGUACGGUAAUGAGAUGCAAAACUUCCAAGGCAAUGGCAAACUACAACCUCAGAGCUUGCCCGGCCAACGCAGGAUGGCUGUAGCUGACACAGGCCUGAGCCAUUUGGGUCCGAUGAUGGCAGAUUGCCAACUGAGCUUUGACGUGUCCUCGAACAUGAGUAAAAACAAUAUGCCCGUCCAAUGGAAUGAGGUUAGCUCAGGAACUGUUGAUGUUAUGUCUAACCAAUCAAAGCAACCGUUUUCUCAGGGCAACUUAGCCGUUGUCCAACAGAAGCAGAACUUUGGCCAGUAUCAGAACUUCAACCAGCAGCAAAUGCAGAUGAGUCAGAGUGGUAUGAAUGUAACCCAGCAAAACUUCGUGCAAAGAAAUGUGAGCUUAGAUGGGCAAAGGCUAAAUUGCAUGCAGAUGAGGCAACAGCAAAUCAAUCCCGGCAUGAACAUGAACCCGGAUUUGAGCCCACACCCAGGGUAUAACCAGCCUCAUCAAAUGUUGAGCCCAAAUGCAAUCGGUGGAGAUCCAAACCAACUUUCUCCUUCUUGUAGCAACAUGGCAGUGAAGCCUGGACCCCACAUUCAUCCUCAGCAAGUGGACAUGGCGACUGAUCCCUCCUUAAUACUCAACAGUAAUGGUGAGCGUGUAAUGCUGAAUCAGGUCAUGCAUGAACAAAAUCAGCAGAACUAUUCAUCUCAGACAAAUCACCUGAACUUUGCCAUGAGUCAGGAGGUGUUCCAUCAGCCCGCUUCUUUAAUGACCUCAAACCAGCCAAACUUUGAGCCCCAACAGAGCAUGAUGGGUUCAACCGGACAGGCCUACACUCCCGGGAUGGUACAGCCUCACCCUCCACCUGAACCGAGUCCAGCAAACAGACACCGAGGACUACGCACCAUGCAGCAGCUAGGCUACAUGAGGACUGCCCACCCUCCUAACGACAUGAGCCCCGGCCAGGAAACAGAAGAGGCCACUCCAAAAAGAGCCAGCGAUAUGAUGCCGACGCAGCCUCUGCAAUGUGCAGGCGGCACAAGGGAGAACAAUUUGAUGUACUAUUAUGGUCAGAUCCACAUGUACGAGCAAAACGGUAACUUUGAUAAUUCCGUCACGGACUGCCGAGUCAGACAGCAGCAGUGCGCCAUGAGCAGCAAGCCGGCUGCUAUGCCUUCUCCCGGAGCUAAUCAGGUGUCCAGCACAGUGGACUCGCAAGGUCUGGAGCCUCCCCAGAUAGAUUUUGAUGCCAUCAUGGAUGAUGGAGACCACUCAAGCCUGAUGUCAGGAACCCUGAGCCCUAGCAUUCUGCAGAACCUCUCCCAGAACUCCUCUCGUCUAACGACUCCACGAAACUCUCUGACGCUGCCGUCCAUCCCAGCGGGAAUAAGCAAUAUGGCAAUAGGCGACAUGAGCUCCAUGCUAACCACCCUGGCGGAAGAGAGUAAAUUUCUUAACAUGAUGUCUUAAUGAUCAAGCACAAGUGUUUAAUAGUAUCCAAGGGACCCUCUGUGAAGCAGAAUUUAUGAAUGUGCUUUUUCAAAAUAAUCGGUUUCGAUAGAGUAGAAUUUUUUUUUGUUUUUUUUUGGCAAGUAUUAAAUACAUUAAAGGGAUUCCACGUAAUAAAGAAGACGUCUCUGUACAGACUUAUGUAAACUAUAUAAAGGCAAUUUAGCACCAAAAGAGUGCACCGCUAGUGUUAUUGUUUUGGCUUGGUUUGAGGAGCACUGAGCAGCGCUACCGCCAAGCUAGAAUACUGCAUAAAAAUGGAGAAAAAAAGUAACUCCUUCCCCCCACCCUGUAAAUAGCACCACCCUUCAUUUUCCUUUAGUUACGUUUGCAAAAAUAACAUUUUUCAACCCACUCCAGAAACAGAUGGAGGGGAUGUGGUUUUGAUCUGAAUAAAAGCCAUACUGUGUACUCUGCUCUGAUGAGAUUAGCGUUUAGUUACGUCUCCAAAUAAGUCCACUCCCAGCAGUAUUGUUUUGUACCAUAAAUACCUUUGUACCUUGCAGCUCCGUAGAAAGCAUCGAUUCCAAACCGCUUCUCAGAAAAGUGCCUUACUAUGUUUUAGUGUUCGGUAGUCAAGGCAUCUCCAUUAAAAUCAAAUAUAGCGCAUUGCCGGAAGCAUAUAUAAAAUAGGAUAAAUGUACAUUUAAAAAGCAUAGCAGUGUUUCUGAA